GCUCAAGGUCGCCAUACUCGGCUUCCCUGGACAUCCCGGCUUCUGUUCUCCAGGACUCUCCGGAGGAAGCGUAUUUCUCAUCUGGAACUUUUUCUCUCUAACUUGCCGUUUUCACUUUAGGAAACGUGUUUUCUUUGGGGUGCUUUGGCAAUGCCUGAAUUGAAGUCCUGCUCACUUGUCUUCUCUAAACCGUGAAGCGCCGGGGACCGCAGGAGCAUGGGCCGCUUCGCUCCCAGUGUGAUUUUGAUCCUGGCCAUUUCCGUAGCCUUCCAACUGGGAUCCGGAGCAGCCGGGCCGGGCCACCGUGAACCCGCGCGUCCACCUCGGGGGGACCUGGCCGGCAGAGAGGACAGCGCGCGGUCCCGGGAGGAGCCUGCGAUUCGGCCUCGUUCUUCCCAGUUUGUGCCAUCCGUGGGGAUACAGGACAGUAAGGAGCUCAACCGGACCUGCUGUCUGAACGGGGGAACCUGCGUGCUGGGGUCCUUUUGCGCCUGCCCCCCCUCUUUCUACGGACGGAACUGCGAGCACAACGCGCACAGAGAGAACUGCGGGCCCGUGCCUCACGACACCUGGCUGCCCAGGACGUGCUCCCUGUGCAAGUGCUGGCGGGGCCACCUCCGCUGCUUCCGCCAGACGUUUCUCCCUGGUUGCGAUGGCCGCGUGAUGGACGAGCGCCUCGCGGCUUCCAGGGCUCCAGCGUCCCCGCCGUCCGCCCAGGCCACUCUCACGCUCGCUGGCAUCUGCCUUUCUAUACAAAGUUACUAUUAAAUCCACAUUUGCUCUUUCUGGAAAUGCACGCCGAGUGUCAUAAAUUUCAGGGCCAUCUGCUAGCUGCCUUAAAGUAAUGAUGUAUUUCCAUGAAGGUCCCUAACUCCUCCGUCAGUAGCAACUACUUCUUACCUCUGCCCUGACCUCUCCCCAAAAACCACUUUGUAAAAAAAAAGAAGUC